AUGGCGCCUAAGCCGGUGAAUUCCGUAUCGUCGCCAACUAAUGCGACUCCUGGGGGUGAUCUCGAUAGGUACAUAGCGCUUGGCUGUCUUCACAUCAAACAGCCAGCCAAUAUCAGUCAGGAAUCGCCGUCGCGUACGGAAUGGAUAGAAAUUGUCCCUCAUGAGCUACCAGAUGAACUUAAAAUCAGUAUUGGCGAAGAAGCUGCACGGCUACUCGAGGCACGCUGGAUACGGCUCUUCUUGCACCGACCACCAUAUACAAGCACGAAUCUCCAUAAGCUUGUUCGCGUAUAUGUACUUCCAGAAGACUGGGGCCGCCGCUCAAUCGAUCGUAAUAGCAAGAGUUUGAAGGGAUCCCUGCGACAGCUGCUCCAGAGCAUUGAUAUCUCACCAAAGGCUUGGCAUGGGGAUUACAGAGCGGGUGACGUGUGUUGCUUCGACCCAUGGGCAGAACCGGAGCUAUCCUCGUUAUAUUACCUUUUUAAUACUUUGCCAUCGCCUGCGCCAGAUCCGGGUUCGAUCAAGAACCGUUAUACCCGAGCCGCAGUACAUGAUCUACUCAAGUCUGCAACCGCCUCCGAAUGGGAAGAGCAUGGCGAACAAGCACUUGCAGGACUGAAGACGAGGCUAUACGCUUAUCAGGCACGUUCUGCGAGCCUCAUGUUGCAGCGAGAGGCUGCGCCACAGCUGCAACUUGAUCCGCGACUGGAGACCCGUACAUCACCUACUGGACAGAGGUUUUAUUUUGGUGCUCGAGAUGGAUCUUUUCUGCAGGAGCCUCGGUACUAUGAGACAAAUCGAGGUGGCAUUUUAGCAGAGACCAUGGGCCUGGGGAAGACAAUCAUUUGCCUGGCAGUCAUACUAGCAAGUAAACACCAUCUGCCAAAGAUUCCGGCCGCAUACCAGCCUCCAUCUCCUAUCCGCGAUAGGGUCGGGUCGCUGGCAGAUAUGGCAGCCUCAAUCAUGGGGAGGUACUCUAUACCAGCAAAGGCCUUUCUAGAAGAGUCUGAAGAAAAUGGUGUUGGAGAUCUAACAAACUUAAAAGACACUCUCGAGCGGAAUAUGCCAUUCUACGAGAUACCGCUUGAUCUUCCCCGGAUAAAUAGAAAUACCAGGAUCCCACCACCACGUCAGCUGGUAUUAUCUUCUGCUACAAUUAUUGUGGUGCCACGGAACUUGUUGCAUCAAUGGCAGUCGGAGAUACACAAGCACGUCCUUCAGGGUGGCCUCAAAGUUCUUGUGGUAGAUUCCAUACCUAAGCGUGGUAACAAAGCCAAGAAUACCCAGGAGCUCGGCGACAACAUGGAGUUCCAAAGUGAAUUGCCAGCGCCCACCAAGCUUAUGAAGUAUGAUGUAGUUCUAUUCACUCGCAAUCGUUUCGAGCAAGAAAUCCAAGACGGAAAAGAUGACCUUGGGCGACGAGUUGUUUCUGGGGUCGGUCGUAAUUGUGAAUGUCCUUAUAUUGGCUCUACCAGAAUCCCUGACUGUAAUUGCAUCAACGCCGACUCAGUCUAUGAGUCGCCAUUGAAGAGGGUACACUGGCUACGGAUCAUCAUCGAUGAAGGCCAUUCUUUCUCAAGCUCACUCUCCAAUGCAGUACUAUUGGCAAAGCAGAUCCAAGCAGAGAGGCGAUGGGUCGUAUCAGGAACGCCUGCGAAGAACUUGGUUGGUGUCGAAGUCGACAUGUCUACAAUGGAUCUAGACGGCUGUGACCCCGCGUUACAACGCGAGCUGGCCAUCGAGAAGAGGAAAACGUUUGGGUUGGAUCCAGACAACAUCAAGGCAGCCAAAGCAUUGGGACAGUUGGCCUCAAAUUUCCUGAUGGUUCGACCUUGGUGUGAUAGUUCCGAGGGAAAACUUGAAUGGGACGACUACAUCUACCGUCAUGAGCACCAUUAUCGAAAGACCUACUCGGGUUUCUCGUCAUGCUUUCUUCGGACACUACAGGGUUUAGUGGUCAAAACACGCGCGGAAGACGUUGAGAAGGACAUCGUUCUACCUCCGAUGCAUCACCGCGUCGUAUUCCUUCAGCCAUGUUGGUUUGACAAAAUGACAGCCAACCUCUUCAUUCAGGUUCUGCGAGCGAAUGCAAUUACCAGCGAGCGAACAGACGUCGACUAUCUAUUUCAUAAGAACAGUGUGAAGGAUCGCCAUCGUCUUAUCAUGAAUUUACGGCAGUCGAACUUCACCUGGACGGGUUUUAGUCUUUCCGAUGUGGUCUCGACGCUUGAAGCCAGUAGCAAGUAUCUUGCGAAAAAAGACAAGACCUGCUCACACGAAGAUGCCCAAUCUCUCCUUGAAAGCAGUCAAGCCGUUUCCAAACUGGCGACUUCUAAAUCGUGGACCGCGCUCAGCAAAGCACACGAAGUGGGUAUGGCUGUCGAGAACUGGCCAGAAGAUUCAAAAGAGGCUUUCGCACUUAUACAUCCAGCAGAUCCAACGAUGAUUGGAGUUACACAAAUGAUUGAAGGGCAGCUGCAUGUCGACAGCAACCUGCUCUCACAAGAUCCUACCAAUGGGCUUGAGCUUGUAGGACAGACUGUGAAAGCGAGAGAUAUGGGUGAGAAGGCAGUCGCUAGCUCGCCAUUGCAGAAGACUGGAGUGCCAUCGUCGUUAGUCGGAGAUCAACAGCCAUUGGCAGGUCGCCGAGCGCCAGCAAUAGCAAGCAAAAGUUCUCCUAAAAACCCGUCAGCGGACAAGCUUUCAAAGAAUACCGAGGAUACCAUAAUGCUAGAGUCUCCAGUUCGUCCAAAGAAGCGCAAGCUCACUCUUGCAGAAGAGAUUGCGAACUUGCCUGUGGAUUCUAGCCUCUGCAACACACGGUUGGUGGGUACAACAUCAGCCAAGCUCACAUAUCUCCUGGAUAAGGUAAUGCAACAUCAAGCGACCGAUAAGAUCAUCAUCUUCUACGAUGGCGACAAUGCGGCUUUCUACAUUGCUCAAUGCCUCGAGCUAAUGUACGUCAACCACCGCAUCUACGCCAGAACAUUGGAAAACACAUUACGUUCCGAGUAUGUGCGCUUGUUCAACGAACAUCCGGACGUGCGGGUCCUGUUGAUCGAUGUCGCAUGUGGUGCUCUAGGACUAAAUCUAAACGCCGCAAGCGUUGUGCUCAUCGUCAAUCCAAUCAACAGGCCGGGCCUAGAGGCUCAGGCUAUCAAGCGUUCGCACAGGAUCGGCCAGACCAAGGAGGUAAUUGUUGAGACUUUGGUGCUCGAGAAUACAAUUGAGCAUGCAAUCUUCAACCGCGCAAAGAAGAUGUCGCGUGCCGAUCAUCAGGAAGCGAAGGAGUUGGAGGAUGACGCAGGUAUCAUUGAGAUCAUCCAGAAUGCACAGAUUCUGCCUGUGGAUGACGAGGAAGCUGAGGGACAGGCUAGUUUCGCGCUGCUGAAAACGCCUCAGCAGGUUUUUGGUCGUCCAAAUCGACACAAGUACCAUCGCUAUGGUGUUGCUGACGUAAAAGCAACGAACAAGCCACAGAAGAAAGCAAAGACUUCGAAAGGUGCGAAGGAAGCCAGGAAAGAAGGUGGAAAUAAUUCUGGCAACGCCGACUCUCUUCCAACUCUUCCUAUGCGAGGGCUAGUCUAUGGCGAUACUGAGUCCGGAGCGAGGGAGCCCUUAGCCGACCCAGUCUCUAGUAUCUUUGGAGGUGGCUGA